AUUUUUCCGCUGCAGAACUGCUGCUUAUCUAUCGUUAUCUAUCGUUCUGUGUUUGGCUGGCAAAUGGCGGCUGUUAAAUAUGAAAAAGAUCGAGCAGCAAAUACACUUCUCCCAAAUUAUUAUGAAUAUGGUAGAUAUGAUGUUCCAUCUUACUAUGAAAGCUACUGGCAAAGUCCUGAAGAGCGUUUUUAUAUCGGCCUCUUCGUCAUACAAAUUUUAUGUCUCAUAGCAUCUUUUUUUCUUCUUUUUGCUUCAGUUGCACUGAUAUAUGGAGCACAUACGUUUUCUCGGUGUUUAGUUUGGCCAUGGAUCCCAUGUAUGCUUGCAAGUAUAUUAUCUUCUCUUGCUUAUUGUAUAAUGUGGUGGACAGGUGACGUGCGAGAUUAUUGGCUUGUACUUACAAUACUUGAAAUGAUUACAAUAUUUAUUAAUAUAUACUGCCUUUUUGUAAUUAUUAUUUUUUAUCGCCAUAUGACUAUUGAGAUUGAAUUUUAUGAAGAAAAGCAGCAGCCAAUUUACUUCGACGAUGACAAUCGUUUUGACAAAUAUUGCAAUGAUCAAAGGAAUUAUCCCUUUGAAGAUGCAUAUUCGAAAGGUUUCGAAAGGAGAGAGAAGAAAGGUUUAAAUCAUUUUUCCUGA